GUGAGUCGUGACGCCGUGAGCCCUGGAAGCUUCGACAUUUUCCGAAAAAAAAGAGGACCCAACCCGGUGACCCCUCAACCCCUUCAAUCCGGAAAAGCAAGCAACGGCUCAAUUGCUCGGGUCCCCCAAAACCCUCGAGAUCUCCGUUGGUGGUGUGGUGGUGUCCCCUUCCCCUUCGCCUUCGAAGCAUCGAUCUGAACCCCUCGCCUGCUCGCGGCAGCGGCGUGUCCGAGAUGCGCCCCAACAUCAUCACAGAGGCUGGGAUUCCAACUAGGUUGAAUCAGUGGUGGAGCAGCAUUCCAUUCGUUACUUCUGGUGUUGUCUUGAUAUGUGGAGUGAUUUAUCUGCUGUGCUUGUUGAUUGGCUAUGACUCCUAUGCGGAGAUAUGCUUCUUGCCGUCUGCGGUAGCAUCACAUUUUCAAGUGUACAGGUUCUACACAUCUGUUCUCUUUCAUGGUUCUUUGCUUCAUGUGCUAUUCAACAUGCUUGCCUUGGUACCCUUGGGCACUGAGUUGGAGAGGAUUAUGGGAUCAGUCCGCCUCUUAUUCUUGAUGUUCCUUCUUGCAACAACAAAUGCAAUUCUCCAUCUCACGAUUGCUUUCUUGGUGGCUUACAAUCCUCUGUUUCCUGUUCCAAAUCUUGUGAAUGAAUGCUCCAUUGGCUUUUCUGGAGUUAUAUUCUCAAUGAUUGUUAUUGAAACAAGUCUGAGUGGUGUGCAAUCGCGAAGUGUCUUCGGCCUCUUCAAUGUUCCUGCAAAAUGGUACGCAUGGAUUUUGCUGGUGCUAUUUCAGUUUCUUGCAAGCAAUGUUUCAUUGCUGGGGCACCUGUGUGGCAUCUUGUCAGGAUUUGCAUACACUUAUGGGCUGUUCAACUACUUGCUUCCUGGGCCAUCAUUUUACUCUAAAAUCGAAGGCUUGUCAGCACUUUCUGUUUGUGUGAGGCGUCCUGGCUUUAUUAUGUGCACUGGAGGCACUACUUAUGGUCAGCUUCCUACAUACUCUAACACGUCUGCUGCACCGAGUGCUCUCAUAAAUGGAAAUUUCUUGAGAAAUAUAUCUUCAUGGAUGCCUAGCAGACACACAGCAACUGCUCAGGAAGGAGAAGACCCAAGGUUUCCUGGGAGAGCGCGAACACUUGGUUCUGCAGGAACUGAACCCACUGCAAGGGAGGCAAGUGCACAUUUGCAUGCUAGGUUGUUGGAUAACACAACUCCAAGUGACCCACUAACGAAUACACAGCAUACUGCUGUGAACACAGUCAGAGCUGCUGCAACGGUGGCAGCUGAGCAGGUUGAUACAUUUGAUGAAGAACUUAAGAAGCUGGUUGGGAUGGGCUUUGAAAAGACUCAAGCUGAAGUCGCUCUUGCUGCAGCUGAUGGAGAUCCAAAUGUUGCCAUUGAGAUUCUGAUGAGUCAGCAGGGUUGAAGUUUGACCAUAAAGAACAAAUUCAAAGGAAGCAAGAUGUCGAGCCAAUUGUUUUCUUACAAAGGUUUAAAAAAGUAGGCUGUGAUUUGGGAGUGGAGCAUGGUGUAGAUUGUGUGCCAAGGUGGGUCUGAAAAAGGAAUGGCUGCAAUCUUGGUUAUGCCCUGGGAUGCAGAAACAACAAUGUGCAGCCCUAGUUGCAUUUCUCAAGGCUGCCGACUCUAGAAUUUAUGUAAAGUAGAAAUUAACGUUGGAUGUUCUGUCAAGACUUUGAAAUACGAACAAUCAGAAAAUGCUGAAUUUAAUCUGAAAAUAGCUAGUGUGUUUGUUUUAGCUUGCAGAUUAUUAGAAGCCAGGGGAAAUUAGGUUAUUGGGCUCGAACAAUCAGAAUUUGACAUAUGGACUGCUUCCCCUUUGAGA